AUGGAAGCUGCCUGUGCUGAGAACGAUGGCGGCCGCGUAGCCGGAUAUAAGGGUCGCGCACUUCCGCUUUGGCCUCCAGACCAGGAGUUCCUUUCUGCGUCCUUAGCUAAGAUGGCUGCUGCGGCUGCGGUGGAGGUUCGGCUUCCUGAGGGUCGGAGGCGGUCGGCACAGAGCCUUCUCCGCGGGGCCGGAGCAGCGGACGGGGAACGGGACCUAGUGGCCCCGGGGGACACGAUCACCACCGACCCGGGAUACAUGAGGGGCCAUGGGACCUACCUGGCGGAGGAGAAGCUGAUUGCGUCUGUGGCUGGUGUAGUGGAGCGGGUGAAUAAACUGGUCUGUGUGAAAGCUCUGAAAACUAGGUAUAAUGGUGAAGUUGGUGACAUUGUGGUUGGGCGAAUCACAGAGGUUCAACAGAAACGGUGGAAAGUAGAAACCAAUUCCAGACUGGAUUCAGUCCUGCUCCUUUCAUCCAUGAAUCUUCCAGGAGGGGAGCUGAGGCGAAGAUCAGCUGAGGAUGAACUGGCCAUGAGAGAUUACCUGCAGGAAGGAGAUCUGAUCAGUGCAGAGGUCCAGGCAGUGUUUUCUGAUGGAGCUGUGUCAUUGCAUACUCGGAGCCUGAAAUAUGGGAAGCUCGGCCAGGGAGUCCUGGUCCAGGUUUCCCCAUCUCUUGUGAAGCGACAGAAGACUCACUUCCACGACCUGCCUUGUGGAGCCUCCAUUAUCCUUGGCAACAAUGGGUUCAUCUGGAUCUACCCAACGCCUGAACAGAAGGAUGAAGAGGCUGGGGGGUUUGUAACCAACUUGGAGCUCGUGCCCCUGGCAGACCGGGAAGUGAUCUCCCGCCUCCGAAACUGCAUCAUGGCUCUGGUGACUCAGAAACUGAUGCUCUAUGACACUAGCAUCCUCUACUGCUAUGAAGCUUCCAUUCCUCAUCAGAUCAAAGAUCUUCUGAAGCCAGAAGUGAUGGAGGAGAUCGUGUUGGAGACUCGACAGAGACUGCUGGAACUGGAGGGAUGAUGGUGAAGGAAACCAUUUGAAGAAGCAUUGUCUUAUUCCUUUCUACCAAUUGCCCACAAGGAGUUUGUUUUUGGUACAAAAUUUAUUCCAAAUCCUGUACCAAAAAUAAAAGUAGAGGGAACCUUGAGCCCUUGUGCAUCUCUUCCAGAAGAGCUCCAGAAACCUAGCGAAAUCAGCCUUGACCACCAACGAGUCCUUUCACAAAAAAGGGCAUGGGUUGUACCUCCUAUGUAACAUUUGAACCUGGGGGAAGCAAUUAUAGUAAAACAUCCCAAACCUGGAAUGGACAUAAGAAGGGUGUUUUUCUGUGAACACUAUUGGUGUGUGAAGGCCAUCUGCAUUUCACUUAUGUCUCCCCAAAACGAGCAUGAGCCUUGGAGUCAAGACUGUUCACCAUCUAUUCAUGCACUGGAUUUUGACAUGUGGUUGAGGAUCCCUUUAACAGGGGUGAAACUAGUAAUCAUAAGAAGGGCUUGAUGUUGGUUACAGUAAAUCUAACGUCGCAUCUGUGAAGUGGAGGAUAAUCUACCAACCUAUUCUCCCCCUCUUCUAUUUUGUAUCUUCUGAUUUUCUUCUCAUUUUUGGCUACUGCUGGCAGAGAUGUGCCAGGUAGGACAUGAAUUAAGUUUUACUCUUUGCGGAGGAGUUAAACCCGACAUGAAGUUACUAGUUUUGGCCUCCUCUGUGUUUCUUAUCACUUGUAUUUCUGCCGUAAGACUUGCAGGAUAAAGGAUGGCAGAACUUGUAACCUACAGACUUGGCUUUGUGGGGCUUCCAGACUGCUGAACAAGAAUGCUAUCACCUUGCCAAAUGAGUGCCCAGUUUGGUCCUGGAACCUAGUGACCCAAGUAAUGAUGCCAUGAUUAUCCAUGGUUGUGAUGUCUGCCAGAAAAGUAACUUGUCAGAACUAAGAAUGCCUCCUCCAUUUGUGGAAUGGAGCAGAGUUCAGUUCCUUGUCCUGGUUGCUGAUUGUCUCUUGGUUUGAACUUGACACGUUUGGUUUUGCCCAGCACAGCCAGACAGGAUUCUUCCCCAUGCCAUCCUACCCAAAGGCCACCUUCCCAUCCUCCUAUAUAACUCGUCAGGUUGAGAGUUUCUGUGAUAGCAUCUACUCUUCUAAAUUUGUUUGCAGGUAUGUAUAAUUUCUGAGAGCAGAUUGAGAUGACAGAUAUUUUUAAAAACUCCUUUCAGCUGGGAGGAGCUCUAUUUUUUUUAAAAUGGUUUUGUUUUGUACUGGAGAGGACAAUUCAGUAAAUGUUCUGUUUUUAUAAAUAAA